AGAAACUGGCUAGAGGGAGAGUGGAGAUCAUAUGUUUGAGACUCCUAGCUCCAAAAUUCCGGCUAUCAUGAACAAUGGCAAAACACCAAUUAUUCUAAGAUGGCAAAAUUAAACGAAGAGCUUUUUUGUUCUGUGCAGACAUGCAGGUUCCACCUACCAGUAGAUCCAAACGAUCUGUCGCUGCAACACCUGCUAUUUUACUACUUCCCAGAAGAUGAAUACAUGCGUGGUCUCUGGGGAGAAAAAUGCGGCAUAAAUCCCACUCCAGGGAGCAGGAUAUGUUCCAUGCACUUUGCAGACCAUGAUUUUGAAACCAAUCAUUCCGAGUUCCUAAAUUAUGCACCGAAAAAGGUGUUAAAAAAAGAUGCUGUACCUUCUGUAAAUUUACCGAGCAGCUUGCUUUGUGGAACUGUUGUCAUAUUAAAUCAGCAAAUUGCUGGAACUGUCCCUACUGUUUCUGUGGUUUCACACAGAGAUUGGAGUCUAGAUAAAAAUUUGGCGGAGGGAAGCACUUUGAAAUUGCACGUGAACAAUACCCUGAUCUCAAACAGCAAGCCAGCUGAAAUCUGGGAACUUUGCCGGAUGUGUGCUGGAACUUGCGAAACUAUGAUACCGAUUUUCAACGAUGAUGGGACUGAUAAAGAUAACAUUGCAUUGAAGUUGAAACAUUCCUUCUCCAUAAACGCAAGUCCCACUGAUACCCUCCCGCUUCGCAUCUGCGCUCAGUGCUUGGUAGACCUCAAUUUCUGCUAUCAGACUGCUCUGAGGUGUGCUGAGGCCGAUGCGACUUUUAGGUGUUGGUUGGUAGAAGCUGAAUCUGUUGACGCUACUCCGGACGAUGGGAACGACUGGCAGCUUCACGAUGAGGUUUCAACUGAAAUUUCUGAAACAGCCAGGCAAGGUUGGCAGAGACAUGAUUUAGGUGAAUCUUGGAACAGAGUUGAAGAAGUCCAGCAACUACACGAAGUAAACAGCACACAUCUCUCGAUAUCAGAAACGGAAUUACUCAAAGAAAAAGGCAAUGAGACUGUUUUGGAGGAACCUGAGAUGCCUCAGACACAACUAGAUUGUGAAGAAAAGAACUUGGUGUCAAGCAAAGAUGAUGUUGUAAAGAAGACAAUUGAAGUUGUAGAAAAUUUGGAGAAUGUUCCUCUACGGGAUAGGCUUAGGAAUAAGGGUCGGAAGAAAUUAGCCUCACACGUCAAAAUCAUUGACAGUGAAAGUAUACAGCCUACGCAGGAAAGAUUAUCUUCAAACAAGCCUCAAGAGGAAUUCCAAAAGCAGGAAGUCGUGAACAACAUUCCAUGUUCGGAGUGCAAGGAGCAAUUUCUCUCAAUGAAUGCUCUAAAAUCUCAUAAUGAAUCGGCUCACAGCAACCUCAAGUCUCCCUUUGUCUGCUUGGAUUGUGGCCAAAAGUUCAUCUCUAAAGCUACGUUACGUGUUCACAUGAAAAAUCACACAGGUAAAAAGAUCACCGUCUGCGAAAUUUGCGGGAAAACGUUUCGCACUUGCGAUGCCCUUCGGCAACAUAAGUUUGUACACAUGACUGACGAAGAGAAGAAAAGUGUUGGCUUUCCUUGCACAAUGUGCGACAAGAAGUUUUCCAGACGCACCAAACUUGAGUACCACAUGCGCCGACACACAGGAGAACGGCGCUUCAUCUGCACGAUCUGCUCCAAGUCAUUCCACGACUCAGUUCGCCUGAAAGCACACACCGAGAGACACAGCACAGAAAAGAAGUUCAAAUGUGACGAGUGCGGAUCAGGCUUUGUCUGCAAGAGGUACUUAACGAAUCACAAAUCACGCUACCACCGAAGAAGGGAAGUGUUUCGCUGCUGUGUGUGCGCGGUAGUGCUUUCCACGGCCGAGGAGGCCAUGGUCCAUCAUCGAAGUCACACUUCGGAGGAAGUUGCUAAGAGUGGUACGACCAAUCCAUACACCCAGUCCUUUGAUCACCACUGCAGACAGUGCUGCGAGUACUUCCCAAGCAAGGAGCUGCUGAGCGCGCACAAGGCUAAAGCGCACGUUAGGGGCCGCUCUGCUAAAGUGCAGUCAACAGUGGACAUUGCAGAACUCAUCAAACAGGUCGAUUGCACGGUCUGUGGCAAAAAGCUUUGGGGCGUGGGAAGUUUGAAACGGCACAUGAGUAGUGCACACGCCAGUUCCAGACCUGAGCGAAUUUUCCAGUGUGAGUUUUGCGCCAAGAUGUUUGCCCAGAAAGCGCAGCUUGUGGUUCACAUUAGAACGCACACUGGAGAGCGUCCUCACCGGUGCUCGUUUUGUGGCAAAGGUUUCAUCACGGGCCAAAGUUUGAUCAAGCACGAAAGGAUACACACGGGCGAAACUCCGUUCCACUGUACUCAAUGCCCUAAGGCCUUCCGGAGUAAAGAGAAUCUCAUAUUGCAUCAAAAGACGCACUUGGGUUUGAAACCAUUUGAAUGCCACUACUGCCAAAAGAGUUUUGGCCGCCAAAUUCACUUGCAGCUGCACCUGCGCACACACACUGGAGAGCGGCCCUAUGCCUGCGAUGUCUGCGGAAGGGCUUUUGCUCAGGGUGGAGACAUGAGGCGCCACAAACUCACACACACUGGCGAAAGGGCCUACAAAUGCAGCGUCUGUAGCUUUUCAAGCAACAAAAGAAAGACUUUGAGGGACCAUGAAGCAUCAGCACACGGUAAACAGCAGGAGGUGGCGGCCCCGCUAGCUACAUUUCCCAUGCCGCCAGUAAAUAAUAAUGGAUCUUCCACAAUGGCCCCAUAUGAUUCUCAGCAACUGACUGCAACUGAACAGCAAAAUCCAGUCUUGUUCUUGAACCCCUCUGAUUUGCCGAAAAAUUGGGGCGAUAAUUAAAUGUUGUAGAGACAACCAAAAAUUUUUAUUUUUAGGUAAAUCUGUCUUCAUGUAGACGUUCUGCUUUUAUAUAUUUAGCAAAUAUGUAGUAUUAAGAUAGAAAAGCAGUCUUAUUCGUUAAAGUGACAAUAUGAAGCUGAAUUGACCAUGUUAUUGUGCUUAAUAUUAGCAUUAAAGAGAUUGUUUUGCCUGAAUCAUCAAGCAACCUGAGGAUUUUAUUCAGUGAAACACCUGAUGUUCUUUUUUCACAUGAGUGUAUUCGUAUUCAAUGGCUUAAACUAAGUUUGUUGCUUACAAGAAUAAAAGUUAAAAAAUAAAUGGGCCACUCACAAAAAUCAA